CGCCAUUUUUGUUGUAGUUGUUAUUUUUUCGCCGUGUUGUGUUCGCUGAGUUUUUGUUUUUUGUCAAACAAAUUGCAAGUCUAUAGUUAACAAAAGGUGUUGUGGCUUAAAUGUGGCUAACUGCAGCAUGCAUAUUAAUGUCCGAAGUUUACAAUAUGUGAAUUAUCCUGCGAAAAUGCAGCGAGUAAGUGCGUGUGGCCCUGCGCGUAUGUAUGUGCGUCUGUGUGUGUGCACCGAUUGUCAUCUUUGUUGUUGUUGGUGUCUCAAAAAGGAAUCCCUCCAAAAAAGUACCAAAAAGGAUGAUGUUCUAUUUGAAUUUAAUGUGAACUAGUGUUUUUAGUGAUAUUUAGUGAUUUUUCUGCUCUGGUAGUUGUUGAAUUAAUGUGGAAAGUGCUUUAUGCCCCAGGUGAGUCCACCUUGCUACCAAUCAACCCUUCUUGACCACAAAAGGGAUGUCUAGCCAAACACUAGAAUAUUAGACUAUCAAUCGACUUGUAGCCAGUUAAAGGCAAACUAGCUACAGCCUUCUACAAAUGAUAAAAAUAAGCGGCUAUAAAUAGUAAGAGUGUAUCGGGAAUUGCCUGCAAUAAAUAGUUUACUCAGCACCUCAAACUUCCAUGUGUUUUUCUCUGGGCUAUACCUUUUUAUUUUCAAACCACCCGGGUAAUAAAGUCAGUUUCCUUGGAUCCUCCAUUACAGGUCAGUUCAUCGGGGAUAUUCCGCGUGGCCAGUGGAUUGAUAAGCAUGAGUACUUCUUCCUGAAAAACCAGAAGCAGGGUUUUAACCUGGUAUUCAAUGGAUACAUGUACAAGAAGGAGGCCAGUUUCCGGGCCACGGUCAAUUGGAUCUGUUCCGACGGAAAUGGCAAGCGUUUGAACGAGAACAAGUGCUCCGCGAGGGCCAUCACCAAGUUCGACGGAGGGAUCAAGCUGGGGAAGAAUGCCCACAAUCAUCCGCCGCGCUUUUUGGGUGGCAAGGUGCCCGCUAAACUAAUGCCCAAGGAUGCUUUUUAUCCGCAAUAUUAAAUGAGAUUACAUAAACCCGAAAGAAUGUCAUUUGUCCAAAAGAUUAUACCCAGUUGCAUGCAUUACCUACCAUAAGCUCAUUAAACUCAUGUGGCAGCAGUCAUUUCAUCAUCAUACCAUCUUCAUCUUCGUCUUCAUCCUCUUCAGCAAAAGACCAGAACAAGGGCGUCCUCUUGAAGCGCACCGCUCAGGGCGAGUUCCUGGUGGUCAACGGGAAGUCUUACAAAAAAACCCGCGCCAUGCAGUACCGCACCUACUUCCAUUGCUUGACCAGGAACUGCCCGACCUACUACGUCCUCGUGGAGCUGAGCCGACGACCUCGACUCACCAGGCAUCAUGAGCACGCCCAGCACUGUCUGCAGUGCUAUUAGGAUGUAGGAUGUGUAUGUAGUCAUAGGCCGAAUCCGCAAUGUACAAUAUACCGAAUACCAUUUUACCAUUAAAGCAAUCCCAAGUGUUUUAUUUCCUUUUCUGAACUAAUAAUUCCCCCUAAUCCAAUCAUCACGCACAACUAACGAGGAAAACUCUUCUUAUUGUAGCCAAAUUCGACUACCAGAUCAGCGUGGAUGUGGGCGAGGCCACUAUGCAGCUGGCCAACGCCUCGUCCGCCGGAGUGGUCAACAGCAACUCUCCCUUCUUCAUCGUCAGCAAGUACGGCACCAAGCAGAUCAUGCUCAAGCAACACACCUUCAAUCGUCACAUCUGCCGGGACGACGUCACCUAUUGGCGCUGCAGCCAGUUCGCAGUGUUGCGAUGUCGUGCGCGGCUCAAGACCAAAUUGGAUACACUCACCAUCCUGAACAGCGAGCACAACCAUGAAGUUAUCACUAAGGCGCGAAAGUACGGCUCCCUGAAGCGACAGCGGGCGGAAGCCGAGGCGGCAGCCCGGGCGGAGCGUCGUCAGGACCCAUUGGAAACGGCCGCCACUUCAGCGCCGGCAACAACGACAUAGCGCACUAGUCUUAAGUCCAAGUGUAAAAUAUUGCAUCACCUCAACACUCGUCUGACUUAAUAAAAAUCAAGUUAGCUAAGUUUCUCGCUCUUCAUGCGUCUCUUUGACCUCUAGCUUUAGAUCUGCGUCGCACUCCUCCACCAGUUUGUACUAACCAAGUGUGUAUAUUUUCUAUUCACAGGUUCUGUUGCGUACUACUCGUACAUCACCGGUUUUCGAGGGAGCCGAAAACUUAAGAUCGGAGAGUUCUCCUUCACUCGAAACAAGACCUCGGGAUUGAAAACUUAUUGGUCUUGCGCUCGAGCGGGUGUUCACAAAUGCAAGGCCCGUGUAGUCACCGCGCAAGACCACGAUGUGACUAUCAAAUGCGGACAACAUAACCAUCCGCCCUACUAAAGAAUCAUAUUAAAACCGGCCGACUUUGGAUCAUUGUAUAGAAUCAAUUUAUAGCUUAUUUAUUGUAGAAUACAAAUCUUGAAAAUCGAAAAACCGUAUUUUGUAAAAUUUACACUUUAACAGUUUUUGCAGUAGUAGACUUUACACUUAAGCUAACUCAAAGCUAAUUUGUUUCUUACAGUAUGCGAUGAUCUGGAUGACAUGAAGGGCGCCAUCAAGCACAGCCUACUCACUUUUAUUCGGGGACAGCGCGGCUGCAAACUGCUGGCCUUUAAUGGCCACAACUACGUGCGAAACCGUCGCAGUAACCUGAAGACCUACUGGAUAUGCUCCAAAAAGGGAAGCACGAAAUGCAAUGCUCGGGUGGUCACCAAUGUAGUUGAAGGUGUGCACAAAAUAGUACUGGAAUCGUGCCAUCACACCUGCCUGAACACGGAGCGAAAAAAGCGGCUUUCAGUAACAAACGUUGUGGGGAAAGCGCGAAGCAAGUCGGAAAAGUCUGUAUCCACGGGCUUCAUAAAGGAGGAGGGUGACGAGGAUUUAACACUGGAGCUAAGGACGCUCAACUUAAGCAUCGAGGACCUUAACAACCUGCAAUGAAUCGAGACUCAAAAUCUAGCCAUAGCUUGCGAACUAGAAGUAGACUAUUUAUAUGUGAAUCUAAAAUAAACUCUUUGUCUUGUUUAUUUAAGCAGAAAUGUCCUAUAUGAUUUAAAGAAACUAACUGUAUGUGCAUGUGUGUGAAUGAUUGCGUUGCCUUUAACUAAUUCUGCCUGUUUUUCUAUGUUUUAGUGACAUUUGAUGUGUUAACGGAUCCCAUCGUAAAACCCGAUCAACACCAGCUGAUGAAGCGCGUUCGUUUGUCCAAAUCCAUGGAGGGCGUGCACUACGUUCGCACUCCGGCCGGGAAUGUCGUUCUGCACUGUGGGGAGCAUCGUUACCUGCGGAAUGCCGCCUAUAAGGACAAGGUCUACUGGAAGUGCAGCAAGUGGCGCAAGCAAUGCCGCUCCCGCGUCAUCACUCACAUCUUGCCGAAUGGCCAAUCCCGCUACGCAGUCAGUGGCGUGCAUAAUCAUCCAUAGAUCAAAGAGCAUUCAGAAGUCUGAAUCGGGACACAUACAUAGCUGUAUAGAUUAGGCAGCUUUUUGUACAGAAUGAUGUAGUAAACGAAAUUGAACCGAAAUCCAUUUCUAGUUUUGCGCAAUAACACCUUUUAAUUUGUCAGAUCUUAAGCUUGAUAUAUAAACAGGCUUAGGAUUAUUUUGCAGAAGAUAGUAUUUAUUAAGGUAAGGUGAGUGUGUUGCAAUUGACUUGUUUAAAACUUUACUUAUGUUUAUGAAUAGACCAACCUC